AUGCAGAGCCAGGUGGAGACGGGCUCUGCGACGAUCGAGAGGCCCGAGAUCCCGGAUCAAGACCUAGCGCAUCAGGAGGUCAUCGUUCUCAUGGUUGUGUCCGGCACGCGCGGCCUGUCGAACCUCGCGGACCAGCGCGAUGCGCUGCGGAAGGUGGCGCUGCACGGCGCCGGGGUCUUCCUGGGCGGCCCUCCUCCGACGCGGCGGCCGCCAACGGACAAGGGCCCGCGCUUCCGUGGCGUCCUGGGGCAGAUGCAGAUCAUGACCGCCAGUGCGUCUGACUCGGGCGUCGCAAGUCCGCUCUCGACCCGAGGCCUGGCCAGAAACACUGCAGCGCGAGGUUCCCGCGGAAUGCGGGGCCGAGGGCUCCGAUGUCUCACGUGCGGCAAUAGCUGGGCGACGGAGGCCUGGGUAUUCAGACUUCCGUACCGUUGUUCGCCUUGGAAUUGCGAAGGCGGGCAACGCGCGCGUGAGCUUGAAUUUUGC